CGAUAGUCUCUACUGGGCGUAUCAGGAUAUAGUAAAAAAUAAUGUUUUGUAACAGUUGCGUUUACAGAAAGAUAAUUGCUUACUCAGGUGGCUGUUUAAAUCGCUUUUCCUGGACAAGUGCAACAUUAACAAUGGCAAAGAUUGAUCUUACUCAAAUUGGAAAGAACCUGUUGAAAAAGACAGACUCUGGCGAGGAUAUAGAGAUCCAGUCUCUAUGGAAGGGACAGACGGUGGUCUUGUUCUUCCUACGCCGGUUUGGAUGUCAGGUGUGUCGGUGGACAGCGGCUGAAAUAAGCAAACUGGAGCCCGACCUGAGAGCUAACAACAUCGCCCUGGUGGGCAUCGGUCCAGAGGAGACGGGCCUGCACGACUUCAGGGAACUAGGGUUCUUUAAAGGAGCCCUUUAUCUUGAUGAAAAGAAGAAGACCUACAAGGAUUUAGGCUUCAAAAGGUACACAGCCUUGAGUGUCGUUCCUGCCGGCUUAGGGAAAAAAGUGAGAGCUGUGGCUGCAAAGGCCAGUGCUCAAGGCAUCCAGGGGAACUUCUCAGGGGAUUUAUUACAGAGUGGAGGAAUGCUGAUUGUUGCAAAAGGUGGAGAGAAGGUGCUGCUCCACUUUGUCCAGGACAACCCAGGAGACUUUGUGCCUUUAGAAGACAUCUCCAAGGCACUGGGUGUGUCCACCAACGCACAGGAGGGACAGAUGCCGUCGUGCAAUGACGAAGUUUGUACGCGAUGAUGGCCUCAAGGACUGUGAUCCCACCAGGAGGAACUUUUUGUCCCUUUGUUGAGAAGAUAUGGGUGUUUUUUAAAUCAUGUGUGAAUCAUUAUAUCACCACCAAUCAUUUUUUAAGUCUUUGGUGAAAUUGUGAGAUUGAAAUAGUUGUAAAUAUUGUGAUUUACAUAUAUAGUAUGGAUCUUUCCUUAUUCUAUGAAGUGUCUUACAUAUCUAAAUAGAUUUGAAUUCUCUGUAUAAUUUUGAAUGUCCAUGAUGGAAUAAACGUCUAUAGAACUAAAUUAAAAAAGGCUUUUGUAU